ACUAUACUGCCAUUAGGUAAACUGGUCGAGCAUAAAAUGGUGAAGCGGUCAAAUCAAUUUACAACCCAAAGAAAAUAAACCGACAUUUCUGAAAUAUGUUUCCCAUUACAAGUUCUUUUAUACAUAAACCCUUUGCGAAAUUUUAGUCACCUUCUGUCGGUCAUUGCACUAUACCCUUUGAGCCGAUACGUGCAUCAUCUUCUUUUCUAGUCAGUGUGGAAAUUGAUUCUGCGGUACCAUUAAUGUUUUGGCGAUAUAUAUAUGUUUACCAAGAUAGUUUAACGACUCUCAAGACGGCUUCGCGAUAACAGCUAAUUACAAAUUGUGAUGUCGUUCUUCACAGCAUAAGGAAAGUGUCGAACCAACCCUGGUUGACUCUUGGGUCUUAUAUCUGCUACCUGUUUUUUUCUUUUUUUUUUUUUUUAAUCUAGGACCCGUUUCUCGAAAGUCCCGAUAAUGCGUUAAGGAGCCAGGAAAGCUGUUGUGGUAUAUUUAAGAACAAAGUUUUAAAAGUUUCGAACAUCCAUAAUAUCAUAAAACUAUCAGUUAACGAAACAAAAUUGACCAGUUUGUUAGCUAGGACCUCAGCGCGCUUUCAUUUUUUAAAUUAUUAUUUGAAUAUUUGAUUUCGGGCCUGAAACAUUGCUAGGACUUUUGAGAAACUGGUCACGCCUGAUCAGUAGUAUAUUUAAUACUCAGUUCUACUUGUAAUGAAAUUGCAAUAAAUUUUGCAAUUUUUCGCUUUCUUCUAUAUAGGACACGGUAUCAACUUGUGCUUCAAGUGUAAGUCAGACAAGGGUUGGGAUGACUGUGUUAAUAAAAACGACACGACGUGUUCUUCUAAGGACGGUCAAUGUGUAAAAAGCCAUCUUGUACUAGAAAAAAACGGCAACACCCAGACGACUUAUAUAAAGGAAUGCGUAACGAAAGCAAUCUGCGACGAUGGUUGUAAGGUUUUCGAAAGGCAAGGGUUCAAUGUCAAAACGUGUGAUUACUCCUGCUGCGACAGUGACCUGUGCAAUGGAGCC